AUGCGCCUCCUGGAACGUGACGAUGCCGGCGGGAUCCGCCUGACGAAGGACCUGCCCAGCAACAGAGUCCCGCCAUACGCGGUGCUUUCACACACGUGGGGGCCCGAGGAGGAGGAAGUCGGCUACAAAGAUCUAGAGGACGGCAGAGCCGCAAGCAAACCCGGCUACGACAAGAUCCGGUUCUGCGCAGAUCAAGCCGGGCGUGACGGGCUGAAAUUCUUCUGGGUGGACACGUGUUGUAUCGACAAGUCCAACAGCUCCGAGCUUCAGGAGGCGAUUAACUCCAUAUUCAGGUGGUAUCGCAACGCGGCCAAAUGCUACGUCUAUCUCGCGGACGUCUCAACAUGCAAGCGAGACGCCGACGGCGUCCCUAGUUGGACAUGGGCUUUUCAGAAAUGCAGGUGGUUUGCUCGAGGAUGGUCCCUCCAAGAGCUCAUCGCCCCGACAUCAGUGGAGUUCUUUUCAAGGGAGAAGGCACGUAUUGGGGGCAGGAACUCCCUAGAGCAAAUGAUCCAGAGCGUGACAGGAAUUCCCCUCGAGGCCCUCCGAGGUAAUCCAUGGCUUCCUCUACUUUCUUAA